AUGGUGAAGGAUCUCUGCAAAACCACCGGAUCAAUGUCGUCUUCCACUUCUCUGAUGGACAACCUGUUCCAGCGAAGCCUCGAGGAUCUGAUCAAAGGCUUUCGUCUCCAGCUCCUGGGAGAAUCAGCUUUCAUUUCCAGAGCACUAGAUGAAAUCCGCCGCGAGAUCAAAGUGACAGAUCCCUCCACUAAAUCCACAGCCCUUCACAAGCUCACUUACCUCGCCGCACUCCACGGCGUCGACAUGUCGUGGGCGGCUUUCCACGCCGUAGAGGUCGUUUCCUCUUCACGAUUCCAGCAAAAGAGGAUCGGUUAUCAGGCGAUCACCCAAUCAUUCAAUGACCAGACAUCGGUUCUGCUUCUGAUCACAAACCAGGUGCGAAAGGAUUUGAACAGUGCUAACAAAUACGAGAAAUCAGUCGGUGUGGUUUUGAGGGUUUUCGAGAAGUACCCUGAUGCUGUCAACGUGUGUUUCAAACGUCUCGUUGAGAAUCUUCAAAGCUCUGAUCCGCAGAUUCUCUCUGCCGUCGUUGGAUUGUUCUGUGAGCUCGCCGCAAAAGAUCCUACCUCUUGUCUUCCAUUAGCUCCUGAGUUCUAUAAGAUACUGCUAGAUUCGAGGAACAAUUGGGUUUUGAUUAAGGUUCUUAAAAUAUUUGCCAAGUUGGCUUCGAUUGAGCCAAGGUUGGGUAAGAAAGUCGCUGAGCCGAUCUGUGAACAUAUGAGGAGGUCUGUGGCAAAGUCUCUGGUGUUUGAGUGUAUUAGAACCGUGGUGAGCAGCUUGAGCGAUCACGAAGCAGCUGUGAAACUUGCGGUUGCAAAGAUCCGAGAGUUUCUGGUGGAGGAUGAUCCGAAUCUCAAGUAUCUCGGUUUACACGCCUUGUCGAUCGUUUCUUCAAAGCACUUGUGGGCAGUUUUGGAGAACAAAGAGGCUGUUGUCAAGGCUCUGAGCGAUGAGGAUCCAAAUGUGAAACUCGAGGCAUUGCAUCUCUUAAUGUCGAUGGUGAAUGAAGAUAACGUGUCGGAGAUGUCGAGGAUUCUUAUGAAUUAUGCACUCAAAUCUGACCCUGUGUUCUGCAACGAGAUUAUUUCUUCUGUGUUAUCGUCAUGCUCCAGAGAUGUAUAUGAGAUCAUAGUUGACUUUGAUUGGUACUUGUCUCUUCUUGGUGAAAUGGCUAGAAUCCCGCAUUGUCAGAGAGGUGAAGAGAUCGAGCAUCAGAUGGUCGAUAUUGGUGUGAGGGUCAGAGAUGCUAGACCGCAGUUAGUUCGUGUUUCUUGCGCACUUCUUAUAGAUCCUGCGUUGCUCGGUAACUUGUUCUUGCAUCCGAUAUUAGCAGCCGCUGCGUGGGUUUCAGGGGAAUACAUUGAGUUCUCUAAGAAUCCAUACGAAACCGUGGAGGCGCUUCUGCAACCGCGCACUGAUCUCUUGCCGCCUUCCAUAAGAGCCAUCUACAUACAUUCAGCUUUCAAACUUCUUGUCUUCUGUCUCAAGUCUUACUUAUCGGCAGAGGAACCCACUUCGUCAUCCUUGUCUCAGGAGUCUAGUUUUGGCUCUUCCCCAAUGAAUGCUUUCACACAUGAAUCGAUAUUGAAUCUGGUGAAUGUGAUGGAGCUUGGUUUGGGGCCGUUAUUUGGAACUUACGACGUGGAAGUGCAGGAGAGAGUGAAGAAUGUUUUAGGAUUCAUUGGUAUGAUAAAGCAAGAAAUAGCUGAGAAAGUAAACCCACAAGAUAAUGAAACCGAAGCUUAUAGAGUUACAGCAUUCAUGGACGAUGUGUUCUCGGAAGAGCUCGGCCCUGUUUCUGCAACUGCACAGGAUAAAGUAUGUGUACCGGAUGGGCUAGAGCUGAAAGAGAAUCUCAGGGAUCUGGAAGAGAUCUGCGGUGAAUCGGAUUCGGUUUCAUACACUGACAAGAUAAGCUUCUCUGUCUCCAAACUCAGAAUCAGAGAUGAACAAGAAGCCUCGUCAUCUUCAUCUCAUCCACCUGAAGGUGCUGCUGCUGCAUCUCUGCUUGAACACCGAAAACGCCAUGGCAUGUAUUAUCUUACUUCUCAGAAGGACGAACGAAAUAGCAACGGCACGCCAAGCGAUUAUCCUCUGGCAAAUGAAUUAGCAAACGAGUUAUCCCUGGAUUCGUUUAACCCCAAGAGAAAGCCAUCUAAAGCUAGACCUGUGGUGGUUAAACUCGACGAAGGAGAUGAAUCAAGAAUCGCUCCUAAAGCAGAAAAAAAUCCAGAGACUGUAAACGGCGAUGAAUCUUUGUCCCGAGCGAUCCAGACAGCUCUUCUGGCAAAGAACAAGGGAAAAGAGUUAGAAGAGGAAGAGAGCUCGAGAAUAGAAAAUCACGAGAGCUCGGAGAAGACGAAGAGGAAGAAGAAGAAGAAAAAGAAGAAGAAUGAGGAGAGAAGUAGUAAGGAUAAAUCGAGACGGCAAGGCGAGGUAGCUUCUGUUUCAGAACAAGUUAUAAUCCCAGAUUUUCUCUUGUGA